UGUGGAACUGCUGCAGCAGAUGUUUAUUCUACAAGGGUCUGUAAAAUCUGCUUGGGAACGCAAGGUAAGUCUUGAAGUUGCAAUUUAUAAAUUAUAUACUCCUGAUAUUAUUACUUGUGCUUUGAUCAUCAUUAACGAUCUUAAAGUACUUGGGUUUUGCAAGUGUAUGAUCAUCGUUAACAAUGUAUUCAGAACUUAUGGAGCCAAGACAUCAUGGUGUGGAGGAUUCUAGUAUAAGAUCGAAAAGGAGUAACAAAUCGCAGGCUUCUAGAGAGCUUUCUUUGGUAAAAAAGUCUUCAAUCCAUUCACUUAGGGAAGUGGGUUACAGUUUCCGUAACUUUGAUGUUACAAAAAGUGCAUUUGCCUGGUCGCUACAAAAACUUGAGGAAAUAAGAUCUGAAAAUACUAUUUGGCCAUCAAAUUCUAGGCUACGAAGAUGUUCGGACUCGAAACCGAUGGUGUUAUACAUGAUCCACACCCGUUCAACUCCCAGGAAGGCUCGAUGUUGGUUCCUCUGAUAUGUAGUAGUAACCUAGGGAGUAUUUUCUUAGAUUGUUCUUGGCUCUGUACUUCUUUCUAUCAAUCAACCCCCAUCUCACUACGGCCAGUUUCUUACCAUGACGGCCAUUUGUAUACUCCAGAUAUUCAAGGGACAUAGGCAUCCCUUACCAUAACAUUCCUUGCCAUAAAUGCAUUAUUUUUUCCUUGAAUGAUCACUUAGAUCGAAAUUUAAUGUCA